AUGGCUGUAAACGCUGCGGACUACUUCAUAUCGUUCCCAAAACUCUCUCAGUCUGAAGUCACUGCUGCUGCAGAUCACUUCAAUGCCCUCCAGGACAACGGAAAGAUCAACGAAAACGCUAUCAUUCGUCUUUUCGGCGAAUUAGGCCAGACAAUCUCUGUUGCCCAAGCUAAAAAGGACAUUGCCGACUACGAUGCCGAUGGUGAUGGCACACUUAACUUCUCUGAAUUCCUUACAAUUUUCUCCGAUGAAAAGGAAGGUAAGACAUCUGAUUUCUCAGAAGGCCUCAAGAAGCACGCUGCUAUGAUCAAGGUCACAGGCAAGGGUGGUGCUCAGAGAUCCUAUGCUCAGGAAGAAGUUACAGGUUUCGUUAAUCACAUCAACUCCUGCCUUGCUGAUGAUGAGGAUCUUCAGCAGAUUCUCCCAAUCAACCCAGAAAAUGACGAUCUCUUCAAGAAGCUCGGCGAUGGUCUCCUUCUCUGCAAGAUGGUCAACCUUGCCCAGGCUGACACAAUCGAUGAGCGUGUUAUUGUCAAGGGCAAGAAGCUCAACACAUACUCUGCUGCUCAGAACAUCGACCUCGCUCUUAACUCUGCUAAGUCCAUCGGUAUCUCCACAAUCAACAUCGGUAACACAGAUAUCCGUGAUGGUACAGUCCACCUUGUUCUUGGUCUCACAUGGCAGAUUGUCCGUAUGAGCCUUCUCAAGACAGUCAACCUUACAAACCACCCAGAACUUUUCCGUCUCCUUAAGCCAGGAGAGACACUCGCUGAUCUCCUCAAGCUUUCCCCAGAACAGAUCCUUCUUCGUUGGCUUAACUACCACCUUGAGAACGCUGGCUCAAAGCGUACAGCUAACAACUUCACAACAGAUCUCUCCGACUCUGAGAUCAUGACAAUCGUUCUCAACAAGGUCGCUCCAGAGUGCUGCACAAUGAAGCCAAUGAACGAGGAUGAUCCAAUGCAGCGUGCUGAACUCAUGCUUCAGGAAGCCGCUAAGAUCGACUGCCGCAAGUUCGUCGGCCCACGCGAAAUCGUUAAGGGCAACCAGCGCCUUAACCUCGCCUUCGUCGCUACAGUCUUCAACACACGCCCAGGCCUCGAAGCUCUUUCCGAGAAGGAACUCGCCGCUCUCGAUGAAGCCCUCUUCGCUGCUGGUGGCACACGUCUUGAACGCCAGUACUGCCUUUGGAUGAACUCCUGCGGUGUCGACCCAUUCGUCUACAACCUUUACGACGGCAUCGCUGACGGCCUUGUCCUCCUUCAGAUGUUCGACAGAAUCGAACCAGGAUCUGUCGACUGGAAGAAGGCCAACAAGACAAAGCUCAACAAGUACAAAUCUGUCGAGAACUGCAACUACUGCAUUGAAAUCGGCAAGAACCUCGGCCUUUCCCUCGUCGGUAUCUCUGGUGCUGAUAUCAACGACGGAAACCAGAAGCUUUGCAUGGCUCUCCUUUGGCAGAUGAUGCGUUACGACUACCUUAAGGUCUUCAAGAAGCUCGGUGGUGGCGCUCGUAUCAAGGAUGAACAGAUCGUCAAAUGGGCUAACGACAAGCUCGAGGGCAAGUGCCACAUCGACUCCUUCAAGGAUGUCACAAUCAAGACAUCCCGCCCAAUCCUCCACCUUAUCGACCUUCUCAAGCCAGAUAAGGUUGACUGGUCCAUCGUUAUGGACUCUGAGGAAGAUGCUGACCUCCUCAAGAACGCUCGCUACGUUCUUUCUAUGGUCCGUAUGUUCGGUGGCACUGUUUAUGCUCUUCCAGAAGAUAUCCUUGAGGUUAACCCACAGAUGGUCAUGACUGUCUAUGCCUCUCUUAUGGCCAUGGAUCAAUAA